AAACUCUAUUAAGUAAUCAGAAAAAUUAUACACGCACAAACACACACUCGGACUAUUCUUCUACUCUGUGCCAGAUUCUGAUCACCGAUGUCGUCACCGGCACCCCCUUCCCCCGCCACCCAACUCCGUCAACGCCUCCGUCCAUGGCCCCAGUUCUUCGACUUAUCCGCCAUAAGCAUCCCCAUAUCACUCUCCGACACCACUUAUCGCAUCAACCAAAACCUCCGCUAUUUCUUCCCCAACUAUGCCCUGAUUUUCUUGAUAACCCUUUUCCUCAGCCUUGUUUACCAUCCAAUUUCCCUCGUAAUUUUCCUCAUAAUUUCCGCCGGAUGGAUAUUCCUAUACUUCUCUCGGAACAGGGAUGACCCUCUGGUUCUGUUCAAUUACGAGAUUGAUGACAAGAUUAUCUUGGGGUUCUUGGGAUUGCUUACUUUGCUUGCCCUGAUUUUCGCUAAGGUGUGGAAGAACGUCUUCGUUUCGUUGGCGAUUGGAGUUCUGAUCUUGUUGAUUCAUGGGUCACUGAGAGCUCCUGAAGAGGACUUGGAGUCUCCUUAUGGGUCUUUGCUUUCUGACGUCACGAGCCCACAAGGGGAUUAUACCAUGGUUUGAGCUCUUAGUUUCUUUAUUUGAUGCAUUUAGGUAGGGGAAUUACUUCAAAUUGGAAGAUGAACCAUUGUAGUAAAAAUUUUUGCCUUGGAUUGUAAUUGUACUCUCUGUUAGUAGUACAUAUUGGAAACCCCAAGUCUGGACUAUUGAACAAUUUAAAGUUGUAGCUGCAGUUAUGCUAAUAUUUUUAAAGAUCUGGAUUGUUUCUUUUCAGUUGCAAUAUUAUAGUAGUUCUAAUUUGCAGUGUCUGUUAUAUUACGGAGGAAAUAAUGCUAUCGUUCUUGUGAAGUUUAAUGUGGGAAAUCAAACAUUUGUUACUGAAUUGGAGAUGCAGCCCAUGUUCAUGCUUCCUCCAUUUUGAAUUUCUGUUUAUUAGGUUUUAGUUUUUGUAGUAGGACAUUGAAGCAAUUAGCUUGAAAAUUAGGACUGGACAUGAGCUCUACAAUUCGAGCAAGUUGAAAAUCGUUGUUGUUUCUAUGAAUAUUGUUCUGGUAUGUAUUACGUCAUAAUUUAUUCUGUCUAAGCAUAUUACUGUUUCUCAUCCCUUUUGAGUCUUGAUCUCACUUUCUUUGUUGAACUGUCGUAUUCAAGAUAAAUGCAUAUGGAUUUGACCUGUUUAGUGUUGU